AUGGCAGACGGAGGUACUGAACUUGUCAACUUUAAAUGUGUUCAAUGUGAAAAGAAAAAUAUCAAAAAAGAGGCGGAUAUUUAUUGUGUGGAAUGUCAGGAAUAUUACUGUUCACCAUGUACAGACCUGCACAAAAUGUUUCCUUUGAUGAGCACGCAUCAGUUUAUAGACAAAUCAAGUUUCAACACAGUUAUCUUACAGAAAGCGUUGCCAGAAAAAUGUGAAGCUCAUAAAACCGAGCUGCUAGAUAUGUAUUGUGCGGACCACGAUGAUGUAGCAUGUGUGACCUGCAUAGCCAUAAAACACAGAAAAUGUCAACAUAUACAUUCGAUACCAGGUGAUGUUGAUUACUUGUGUAAGGAGAUUGAUGCUGAUAAAACAAUCAGUGAGCUCAUUCGUAUAAAAACUAAAAUUGAGGAGGCUGAGAGAGCAAAGAAACUUCUUAUCAAAGAGCUCAAUGUACAGAAGGAGAAGGCAACAGAGUCAAUAAGACAAUUUAGAAAAGAAAUAGAAGAAAUACUUGACACAUUUGAAAAGUCGACAUUAAAAACUUUAGAGGAAAAGUACAAAAAUAGCAAAGAAAAACUAGGGAACGAGAUCAAAAACCUACAUAGACAUAUUGAUGAACUAAAACUAUCAUCACAAAAACUAACAAAGUCAGUUGGGAAUAAAGCACAGGAGUUUGUCGCUGUGAAAACUUCUCGGAAACAAAUCAUUGAAGCUACUGAAGCAGAAGCACAGUCUGUGACAAAGUCAUCAGAUGUUAAAGUUGAAUUCAUUGCUGAUUCGACAAUAAAGGAUGUUUUAAAAGACUUCAAGACAUUUGGAUUAAUUGCAGUAAGUAAUACUGAAAAUCUAAGAGACAAAAUGUAUAUUGUGGAGAGAAAGAAACAAGUCAACAUUAAACAUGUUAAUGAUCUACGGCAAUGUUCCGUUAAUGGUUCAUGUUUCAUAGAUAAUGAACUAUUAUUUCUAACUGACUAUGUCAACAACACAUUAAAGCUUAUUAAUUUGUCCUCAGAAUCCAUAAAAGAUCAGCUAAAUCUUGAAGCAGCUCCAAUGAAAAUUUGUCAAAUAAGUACAAACGACUUUGCAGUAAGUUUGACCAAUCAAACCGUUCAAUUUGUUACAAUAGGCAACAAAGUUUAUACCACCAAACAACUGAAGCUAGAUCAUCGCUGUUACGGACUGGCCUACAAAGACAACAAACUAUUCAUCUCUGAUUCUGGUAGUGCGCUCUACAUUUAUGAUAUGAAUGGCACCCUGUUGAAAAAAAUCACAACUGAUGGACAAGGCAAUGAAAUUUUUAAUGCCAACAGAGAUAUUAGUGUUAGCAGUGAUGGCAAUAUGAUUUAUGUGGCUAAUUAUAACAGUCUUAUUGUCCUUGACCUUGAUGGUAAUUUCAAGGCAACAAUUACUGAUCCGGAUGUUAUUAACCCAAUUGGAGUUUGUACAGACAAACGAGGAAACAUAUUUAUGUUUGGAUGGUAUGAGUCUAAAAUUGUCCAGAUCAACGAGAAGACUAGUAAAAUAUUGGGCAUAUUUGGCAAAGUUUUGAAUAGUACUUCUUGUGCUUUUCAUUUAAAACAUAACAGACUGGCGGUUACUAUUCACAACAGUGAUACAGUUGAUGUGUAUGAUUUACUGUAUAUCCAAUGA